UGACAGUCAGAUUCGAGCAAGAAGCAAUUAACUCCGAUCCUGCAUUGACCGCAUUCAUACAGCAGCUCUACAUUGGCUCAAUUGUCAUUCUCUUCUUCCCAAUUGGCUUUGGCUCAUGGUUGUUUAUACUACUUCAUUUUUUGGCCGACAUUAUUAUUUUACAGGUUUGAAUAAGGUUUACCGUAAACCUCAAGUAACUUGGUUUGGUCCUGCUAGGUUUAUGAAAUUAUUUUUUAUGUGGCUCUUUGGGCCCAAACCCGAAAAUAAAAUAAAUACCCUAGUAGGAGGAUUUCUCGAACCCGAUCUCUCUAAUUAUCAGUGAUCAAUUGGCGGAAUCUCCGGCGAUAAUCUUCCCUCAUAUCAUAUCUACGGAGAAGGUUAGUUCUUCAUUUCUCCUUGGAUUACGUAAGAAUUUUUGACCGACUGCGAACCCUAAAAUUUGGGAUAAAAAUUGAGAAACUCAUCGCCUAAGGAAUCAAUUUUGAUAUUUAUGUUGUUGCUCAUGCUCUAGGGAUGGAGGAGUGCGAUUUUAUCAGCGAAUUGCCGGAUUCUUUGCUAACUCAGAUUCUCUUAAACCUUACCACCAAAGAUUCUGUUAAGACAAGCGUUUUAUCGAAGAGAUGGAGAAAUCUUUGGUUAAAUGUUCCUGGACUUGAAUUAUGCUCCCUUGACUUCCCCUAUCCUUAUGACAAAGGCUUCGCAGGGUUUAUGGGCAGAUUUAUGGAGUUUAACUGCGGCUCACACCUGCAAAAGUUCAAGAUAAUGUAUUUCGAAUGCAAUGGUUAUCGAGAUCGAUUCAUGGACCUGAUCGGUACAGUGGUUGAUCGUGGAAUUCAACACUUUGAAGUUUUUAUGAAUACUUCCAAAAGAGAUGAUUUCUUACGUCAGAACAUUUACAAGAGCAAGACAUUGGUCUUUUUGAAGCUUUAUAAGGUAGAGUUAAAGAAUCCAGAGUCUGGUGUUUUUCUACCUUGUCUCAAGAUCAUGCAUCUGUGCAAAGUUUGUGAUGGUGAGGAUGGUCCUUUGGUUGUGGAGAAGCUCAUCUCAGGAUGUCCUGUUCUUGAAGAUCUUAAGUUGGUUAUGCCUUUUGAUAUUUUGACUCAAAAAGUUCUACGUGUGAGCUCUCAGACUCUGAAAAGUCUUCGUUUAAAUUUUGGCAAUUGUGGUGAAGAUUUUUCAGUUCAGAUUGAUGCUCCAAGACUCAAGUAUAUGGGAUGUUAUGAGUGUCUAUUUGAUAGUAUUAAGGUAAAGAACCUAAGUUCUUUGUUUACUCUCGACAUUAAUACCAAAUAUAAUGUUGAUUAUGGCAGUCUUCUGGCACCAGAGUAUUUAAGGAAUAGAGAUAUUAUUAGUGAUUUUUUAACUGGGAUAUCGAGUGUAAGACAUAUGAUCAUCGGUUACUCGACUUUAAAGGUGCUUUAUUGUUACUCCAAACUGGGAUCUAUUCUCCAAUUCCAUAACUUAUAUUAUUUGCAGGCUUCGUUCUCCAGCUCCUCGUUACAACUAUUGCCAACCUUUCUAGAGAGCUGCCCAAAUCUGAAAAACCUCAUCUUGGAGUUUCCUAUUAAACAAGAGAAUAUCGACUUUCAAAAAGUGCCUCAGUGUUUGAUAUCGACUCUCGAGUAUAUUAAGAUUCAAGAACUGAUAUUGAAGGAGAAAAGUGGGAUUAAACUAGUGAAUUACUUUCUUGAGAAUUCAGCAGUCUUAAAGAAACUGACUCUAAGUUUCAAAUAUUAUUCUAUGAAGAAGCAAGACCUUGAGAGCUACAAGAAGCUUCUUACAUCCACAAAGCUUUCUCCCACAUGUCAAGUUAUCAUUGAUUGACGUGCAGUUGAUGAUGCUGGUGAGCACAUGAGCGUUGUUUCAUUGAACAUUUUACAAUAUUUCUUGCUUUGAUUUCAUUCUCACUUUCAUGGAGGACACUGAAGAUGUUGGUGAGCACAUGACCGUUGUUUCAUUGAACCUUAAUUAACCAAAAAAAAUCGCAGUUAGAGAGUAAGG